UUCUUUCAAAAGGCAAGUCAAUUUGGCUGAGAGAUUGAAUCAUCAUUCAUCUCCCAGCUUCAUUGUUCAAUCGUUCAAUAUCGCACAAUCUGUCGCGCAAUGAUUAGGACAUGAUCGCCCAAAGAUUAGACUUGAUCGCGCGAUGAUAAGACAUAUGUACCUUUUAAGUUUGUGAUUAGCGCAAUUCUCUUAUCACUCUCUGUCUAUACCUCCAUUUCCGAGUCUAAGCUUUGAAUUAUUGUUCUGGUACUCGAGGUAGUCCAAGAGGACUAAUGGAGAAAUACAGGAUACCAAAAUCCCCAGAUUUGACUAGUAGACAUCUUCCCUCAACUUUUGGUGAUGCCAAUAUUGGAGCCAUUCUUGAAGAAUCACAAAUGCGUUUCAGCUUCCCUGAACAAGGUACCUUAGACUUAGGCUUACUUAAUGCAGGAGUAUCACAAUUUACUCAGGCUGCUGGUACAAGCAGAGGAGUAAAAGUUUGGAAGAUGGAGAAUGAACGGUUGAGGUCAAAGAUCGAUGUGAUGUAUCAAAGUCUGCAAGCAAUAGCAGGUGAGAACCAGAUACUAAAGACUCAAGUACGUUGUUUGAAGAGAGAGAUGAAUCAACAAGUAGUUCUCAUGGACGCAUUCUCACAUAAACAAGUAAUAGGGUGUUUAGUUUAAGCAUGUUCCAUUUCCCUUUUCUAAAAAUAUGGAAAAUGGUGUUUGGCUAAUCAAUUUCAAUUUUCAUUUUUCAGAAAAGGAAAACUCAUUUUCUGGAAAAUUUAGAAAACGUCAAAAUAAGAUACAACAAUAAAAAACACACACACACACUACAGUCUGCAGGUUAUACAUUUACCAUAACAUCUACAUCUUCUUGGAUAGUCUCACCAAGAAUUAUAUUGAAGAAAUGAGUUCUCUUAUAUUUGAAGAACGAUGGUUAUUAAUAACACUUUUUUCUCUCGCAUUAGCUUUUCGUUUGGUUCUAUCGUCGUUUUUUAUUGUUGGAUGUGCAUUUGUUUUCA